ACAAGAAUCAUGGUUGCCAUCAACCAGACAUCUUCCCCAGUUAUGUCUGAGUUUCCAAUGCAGAAAAAUGAGUGCUGGGAAACCUAUGUUGGACAGGAGAUGCUGAAACUUUCCAUAAUUGAUAUGAUUUUCACCGUGGCAAGUAUCCUCCUUAUUGACUUCUUUCGUGGCCUUUUUGUCCGGUAUAUGAGUGAUUGCUGCUGCUGGGAUCUAGAAAGCAAAUUUCCAGAAUACGGUGAAUUCAAAAUUGCUGAGAAUGUUCUGCAUCUGGUCUACAAUCAAGGAAUGAUCUGGAUGGGGGCAUUUUUCUCUCCGUGUCUUCCAGCAUUUAAUGUGUUUAAACUGAUAGGCUUGAUGUAUUUAAGAAGCUGGGCAGUGCUGACCUGCAAUGUUCCACAUCAGCAGGUUUUCAGAGCUUCAAGAUCUAACAACUUCUACUUGGCUAUGCUGCUUUUCAUGCUGUUCCUGUGCAUGCUGCCAACAGUUUUUGCUAUAGUAAGAUAUAAGCCAUCUAUAAACUGUGGACCAUUUAGUGGACAAGAGAAAAUUUAUGACAUCAUUUCUGAGACCAUUGAAACUGAUUUUCCUGCUUGGUUCAAUAAGGUGAUGAGCUAUGUCAGCAGUCCAGUGGUGGUCCUCCCGGCCUUACUUCUUCUCUUUAUGUUAAUCUAUUACCUUCAGAGUAUUGCAAGAUCCCUAAAAUUCACCAAUAAUCAGCUGAGGGCACAGAUCCAGACUGAAAGAAUGGAAGACAAGAAAAAGGUCUUUCAAAUGGCUGUGGCCCGAUUCCAGCAUAAGGAAGCCCCUGAAAAAAAGCGGGAUCCAGAGAGUGACAUCAUCAGCCAAGAGUCUUCUGUUCAUUCAUCUACUCCUCGGAAGAAUGGAAGCGUGGUGAACUUUGAAUCUCCAGGCAGCAAGCGCAGCCAGAUACAAACUAUCUCCCAAUCGGCUCCUCGUGUGGUUGUGCCACAGCCUCCAAAUGUUAGUCCAAGCCCUUCAGGGUCCAGGGUGAAACCACAGAGGGCAGAGCAGGUUACAAACAGGCCUCCCAGUAUAAAGCAAGGAAGCUCCAGUGAAGUCUGCAGAACCAAGAAUUACCAUUCAUCUGGGCUAAAGAAACAAACAGAGAAUGCUCUAUCAGAGCCUCUGUUCAGGAAAGGCCUGAGACAUGUUACACCUGAACGUCAUGGGACCAGUACACCAAGUAUUCUCCCUCAUCGGCCACACGCAAGAUAUUUUAUAGUUAAUGAGCAUGAAUCUCAUAAGAAACUCCUUCGUUCCACAUCUAGACUGCCAAGACAUUUCAGAAUGGAUGAGUCUGGUGAUAUAGUAGAGUUAUAUCCAAGAAAUGUUAGAAGGUAUGUUGUUCAAACACCGCGUCGAUCUCACUCACCACACCUGAGUGAGGAAGAGGAAGAUGAACUUCACAGGGACUUAAUCCGCAGAUCCAAACGCCCUCGCUCACUAUCAGAUCUCCGGCAUAAUCCUCGGUUUUACAUUGGAGACCGCAAUGACAGCCAAAUGAUAUCUGGGCGAGAUCUAGCUCGCAUGCAUGCAAUAUAAAUCCUGGGAAGGGGGCUUUCAGAUUGACUCAGAAAAGCCACAUCAUCGAAAAAAAAUAAAUCUGAAAAACCUUGACCUUGAUGAGCAGUUUGUGGAACACCACCGGAAAGUCAAGUCAAAGCACAAACUUGAAUCUUGCCUUACAGAGUCAGACUCAAUGUCUAACGCAUCCAGCAGUGACCAGCAAAAUAGCAGCACUGACCAGUACAUCCAGGUCAUUCAUACAAAGGACAAAUACAUCAAAAGUGGUGGAAAGUUAACCAAGAAAAAAUCAAAAGCCAGUGUGGACUUAAAUGCCUCUCCCUUGAAUGAACUGAUUUGUUCAAAUGUCUAG